AUGGAGAAGAAAAGUUCAGAAAGCUUUAAAGAAUAUGCUCAACGAUGGAGAGAUAUAGCCGCAGAGGUUCAACCACCAUUAACAGACAAAGAAAUGACAUUUAUGUUUAUGAAUACUUUGCGGGCGCCGUUCUAUGAUCGAAUGAUUGGUAAUGCUACAACCAAUUUUUCUGACAUUAUUGUUAUUGGUGAAAGAAUUGAAUAUGGGAUAAAACAUGGGAGGUUAAUAGAGACUUCAGCUGAGUAUGGUGGAUUAAAGAAAGGAGCAACACCUAAGAAGAAAGAAGGUGAGGUUCAUGCAAUUGGUUUUCCUAAUUUAGGGAACCACAAAUCAACUUUUGGCCAAAGAAAACAUGACCAAAGUUUUCCUUCAUAUAUAAGCAAUGUUACUCAUAUCCCUUAUAACAACUAUGUACCAACCCACUCUCUCUCUGGAGCCCCAAAACUUGUUAAUUCAAACUUUUCUCGACCGUUUGUACAAGGUCAGGGUAGCAAGACCAACUCAGAAACAUUUCGAUUUGACCCAAUUCCUAUGACAUAUACAGAGCUUUUACCUCAGCUAGUUCAUAAUCGACAGUUAGCUCCUAUCCCAAUAAAUCCUAUACAACCUCCUUAUCCAAAAUGGUAUGAUCCAAAUGCUCGAUGUGAUUAUCAUGCCGGAGGAGUGGGACACUCAACUGAAAAUUGUUUAGCUUUGAAAAGGAAGGUGCAAUCUUUAAUUAAUGCUGGAUGGUUGAGCUUCAAAAAAGCUGGUGAGAAGCCGGAUGUCAACAACAAUCCACUUCCUAAUCAUGAAAAUUCAAAAGUGAAUGCGAUAGAUUGUUUUGUUGGAAAGUGUAAAAAUGAAGUUCAUGAGAUAAGGAUGCCUAUGGAAACACUUUUUGAAGGUCUUUUUGAAGCAGGAUAUGUUAGUUUGGAAUAUUUAGACCCCAAUAUAAGAUACGAAGGAUACGAUGAAGGCAAACGUUGUAUAUUCCAUCAAGGAGUUGCAGGCCACGCUAUCCAACAAUGUUGUACAUUUAGAUCUAAAGUACAACAAUUUAUGGAUUCGAAGAUACUCACAGUAUACGAAGGACAAGGAAAAGAUGAGAUGAAAGACAAUAAAAUAUGUACAUUAAUGGGUGAAGUUGCAAAAAAGGAAAAUCCCUUUUUACCAAGGCCUUUGACAGUCUUUUAUCAAGAAAAUCGUAAUAAAUCAAGUUCCUGCAAUCCUAAACAACUCAUUGUCCAAGUACCGAGUCCUUUCAAAUUUAAGGAUUUGAAAGCGGUGCCAUGGCGGUAUGAUUGCCAAGUCAUUACAGGUCCUUCAGUUGAUAAUAUUACAGGAAUCAGCGGGAUAACUCGAAGUGGAAGAUGUUAUAAACCAGAUAAUUUAACAGCUCCUUCAAGUAGUUUAACAUUGGGGCAAGGGAGGAAAAGUGAGAAAAGAAAUGUGAAUGAACAUGACAAAGAGCAGGAUGUAGAGAUGUCUGUCAUAGCAAAAGAUAUAGAAUGCAAAAAACCUGUUACAGAUGAGGCAGCAAACGAAUUCUUGAAAAUAGUAAAACAAAGUGAGUAUAAGAUCAUAGAGCAAAUGCAUAAUACUCCAGCUCGAAUUUCUUUAUUAUCUUUGUUUUUAAAUUCAGAGCCUCAUCGCAAAGUGCUAUUAGAUAUUUUGAAUAAGGCACAUGUUGGACAUGACAUUUCAGUGGAAAAGUUCAGCGGAAUUAUUGGAAGCAUUACGUCUUCAAAUUCUAUAGUCUUCACGGAUGAUGAAAUUCCUCCUGAAGGUUUAGGCCAUAUAAAAGCACUGCAUAUUCAAGUGAAGUACAAGGAUUAUGUUAUAGCAAGAGUUUUAGUGGAUAACGGUUCAGCUCUUAAUAUAAUGCCUAAAUCUACACUAUUAAAGCUCCCAGUGGACAUGUCAUACAUCAAAUCAAGUACUAUGGUAGUGAGAGCUUUUGAUGGAUCACGAAGAGAAGUAAUUGGUGACAUUGAAUUACCAAUCAAAAUUGGCCCAUGUACUUUCAAUAUAGUCUUUCAAGUAAUGGAGAUAACACCUACUUACAGCUUUUUGUUAGGUCGUCCUUGGAUUCACUCUGCAGGAGUGGUGCCAUCUACAUUGCAUCAAAAUUUGAAAUUUAUUGUUGGGAGUAAGAUGAUUUGUUUAAUGGGAGAGGAAGAUUUUCUGAUAACAAAACCGAUAUCAACCCCAUAUGUGGAGGCAACAGAAGAAGCUUUAGAGUGUUUAAUGUAG